UAUGGGCGUGACUGAAUUUUAGCCACGCCCACCAACACAAUGACCUCUAUUCAUUCUUUUAAGUCCACUUCUUCUGACGUUAUAAACCUACAAAAAGGAGCUCCUGGGGAUUUUAUGCUUGAGAAAAGUGUGAAAUUGUUACAAGGGGCAGCACAGACUUCAUUAGACGUACCAGAUGCAGUUCAACUGAUGACAUAUGGUCCUGAUUUAGGGCAUGAUGAUUAUCGAGAAACCUUAGCUGAAUUUCUUAAGCGUCAUUACAAAACACCAGUAGACAAAUCAGAUCUUGUGGAGACAUCAGGUGCCACCAGUGGCCUCCACCUUAUUUCUAGUGUCUUUUUUGGUCCAGGAGAUUUAGUAUUUAUGGAGGAAUUCUCUUAUUUCAUUGCCAUUGAUAUAUUAAGAAAUGGACUUAGACGCAACUGCCAACCAGUUUCUAUGGAUAGAGACGGGAUUGACCCAGAUGCUCUAGAGGCCGCCAUUCAGUCUCACUCUGUCGCCAGGCAACAGUGGAGCCCCACCCCUUUGAGACCCUACUGGGCAAUGCUUUAUUUAGUACCACAGUUUCAGAAUCCAACUGGAGUUUGCCUGUUACCAGAAAGGUGUUGGAAGAUAAUUAAAAUAGCACGCAAGUACAACUUGUUAGUUGUCUGUGAUGACGUUUACAAUUUGCUUUAUUUUCCUAAUGAUUUCACUACUGAGCCACCACCACAAAGACUGUUUGCUUACGAUGACAAAAAUGAUUCUGAUUACGAUGGUGGUCAUGUUGUUUCUAAUGGAAGUUUCUCAAAGUUAUUUGCUCCUGGGAUAAGAUUAGGCUGGCUUGAAGCUCCUCAAAGACUGAUCCAGUCAUUACUGAAAUCAUGCUUGCUUCUCUCUGGUGGGGCCCUCAAUCAUGCAAUGUCAGGUAUCAUAACCGAAUUAAUGAAGAACAGAGAAGUUGAUAAACUGAUUGAGGACUCUAAAACAAACAAUCAAGAAUGCUGUAAGGCAAUGCUUGAGGUAUUUUGUUCACGUGUACCAUCAGUAAUAACACAAGAACCCAAGGGUGGAUAUUUUUUAUGGGUAAAACUACCUGAUGAGCUCUCUCUUAGUUGUUCCGAAUUUGUCGAAAGAUGUAAAAAUGACAAGAAAAUACUCAUUUUUCCUGGUGAUGCUUAUAGUGUUUGUCCUACUGGUAAGGAGAGGUUCAUUAGGCUGGCAUUCUGUCGAUGCAAGAAAGACGUUCUUGUCAAGGCAGCCCAUCUAAUCUGUGAUUUGAUACUUGAGCUAAAACAAUGAAAAUUUCUAUCCAUGAUUUAAAAAAUUUUUACAGAUAAA